UCAAUGCAGUAGUGCAGCAGUGUCAGUGCAACCAACAAAUUGCCACAAAACUUAGACCACUUAGACGUUAUUUGUCAGAAAAUGUCUUGUAUUGCUACUGAAAUGUUAGUUCGAAGUUUAUGCUAUUUAAAAACUAUUUGUAAUCAAACGUUGUUUGAUACUUUGUAAUUAUUAUAACAGCGAAAAAGGCCAUUAAAAAUGGCUGAUGUACGAUUACUUAUACAAGAAGAAGGUCGGGCAGCUAGAAAUUUGAUAGCUUUUAAUGUACCAGUUGGAACAAGUAAUAGUGAGAAGGUUACUAAAAAACCACCUAGUGUGCCAAGAAUAUCACAACAGAGUACAACUAAGAGAUCAAUGAAACCAACAACCAGAGUACGAUCAGCUUCUACUGGUCGAGAUAAAAAAUCUGAAUUACAGGCAAGGUAUUGGGCUUUUUUAUUUGGUAAUCUGCAAAGAGCUGUUGAUGGUAUUUAUCAAACAUGUGAAGAAGAUGAAAAUAUUUCAGAAUGUAAAGAAGUGAUACUAGUUUUAGAAAAUUAUACAAGAGAUUUCCAUAAUUUGAUUGAAUGGUUUAAAGUAAAAUGGGCCUAUGAAAAUUCACCACCACCACUGAGACGUACUCCCCUAGCAUGGGAAGUUAGGAAAACAUCCCCUUGUCGUAUCUGGAAUUCUACAAUGAUUCCAAAAUCCACUAGUCCUUUGCAAAGAAUGAGCCCUACUGAAUCUAUGUGUCGAAGUCCUGUUGACCAAAUUAUUUCAGAAAAUAAGACUAUUUCCACAGAUAAUAAAGUCAGCCAAAUAAAAGGAGAGUCUGCAUAUAAAUUGAUCAAAGAUAAUAAAGGUAACAUCACCAGAAAUAAUUCAAAUUUAAGUGAAAAAUGUAAAAGUCCAAUAGAUAAAGGAACAAGUCAAACAUUGAACAAAGACAAACUAACCUCAGUGAAAGUAAAUAAAACCCUUGUAAAACAUGUAAUAUGUUCAAAAACAAGUGGUAAUGCUACGAUAGAUCAAAAACCAAACGAGAGUUCGCAACGUGAUCAGAAAAGCAAGUUGGACUCCAAAAAUGUUUCAAAACCAGUUAAAAAUACAUUGCACUGUAAUUCUACCAAAGUAGCAGAUUCUAAUGUAAUACUCGAGAAAACUGAGCAAGUAAUUCAGGAUGAUAAAAAUGUACAAUUAAUUACAACAACAGAAAAAGAACUUUCUAAAUCUGUUGUUACAGAUAAUAAAUUGAAUGCUCAAAAUACUCCACUGGUAAAGUCUGUAAGUCCUAGAAAUGAUUUAGGACUAGGGAAAAAUGAAAUUAAUGCUAAAGUGAAAAAACAAAGCUCAGGGAAAAGUGUUAAAGCUGUUUGCAUAGAAAAUGUAACUGCUGAAAAUAAAUUAAUAGAUUCUAACACCAUGGGAAAAGAAAAUAAUAGUAUCCUUGUAGCAAGUAAAAGUAUACAGAGUAUUACAAAAGUUUCAAAUAAAGUUACCCAAAAACCAAAAACACAGUCCAAUGUGAGUGAUAAUAUAAAUAAUAAAAUUGUUACAAAAACUGUGUCAGAUAUGUCGUGCAAUAAUUCAAAUAAAGGGUUAAUUCAUGUCAACAAGCCAGCAUAUUCUACAGUAUCGCAAAUGAAGGUUACUAAAACGAAACAAUCAGGCCUUCCUGAAACCCCUAAAUUUUUUCGGAGUAAAACAACAUUAAGUGACAGAAAUAUAUCUGUUUCGAAUAAAAUAAAACCUGGAACAUCCGUCAUAGUGAGGCAACGAUUUCAAUCUUUUGAUAAUAAGAUCUCGGAGCAAAGUACACUAAAAAAGGAUCAGAGCAGUAAAGAUAUAAAUGGUUCAGUAGAAGUAUUAACAAAACAGACAGUUACCGUAAAAACAAAGGAAGAGAAUGAUGGUUGGCAAACAGUUAGAGGCCGUUGCAGAAGAGGAAGUACUCAUAAUUUAAAUAUGUCUACAAGAUUCCACAAACCGAGUACCGCUACCUCUUUACCAGCCCUAUCUAUAGAAAGUCCGUCAGAGAAAAAUAAGAAGAAAUGCUUGACUCCAGAUGGAAAUGGCAAACAAAAAAAGAAAUGUAUUGUGGAGAAAGAAGGGAAAAAUAUAAGUAACGAGGUAGAAAAGGUGAAGGGGGAGUCAGUCGCAAGCCUUACCAUUAAAGAUAAGGUAGAAGAGGUUUUCAAAAACACCGUUAAUUUGAAUGAAAUAAAUUCUACAUCGAUGAUUGCAGCUAUAUUUAAAAGCGAUGCAGAGUUACUCGAAAAACGUAUACAACAAUUUAUGGCUGCUCAAGCGGAAAGAGAAAGGAUAAUUUUAGAAGAGGAAAGAAAAACGGAAGAGGCUGAUUCUCAGCGGUCUCAACAGUUAUCAGAUGAAGAAGCAUCCUUGCGUAGGCAAAUUUUAGAGUUAGGGUGUGCGGAAACUGAUGUUGACACAGAAACUGAUGAGACAGAUGGUGAGAUGGUUCUUGAGAUAGAAGAUGAACCAGCAACAUCUCCUACCACAGUGUCCGACGACAUCAGUUUAGAAGAUCGGUAUGGAAAUGUGUUAGAGGGAAUGUCUUGGGCCGAGUGUGUGGACACGCUUGCACAGUUACGUGCUCUAGUAGCUCGUCAUCCUGGCAGAGCAUUAGAGUUGCAUCAAAAGCUUUCAUCUCCAUCUAGAAAAAGGUCACUACCUGAGACACUACGGAGAUAUCAAGCAAAACAGGCUUGUGCACAACAUAAGCGUCAAAAGUUGUUGAUGGAGAAAUCACAGAGAUUACGAGAACUGUUGAACAAAGUGAAAGACGUUAAGAGUGCUAAAAGCCAGUUGAUAGAGGACAAGAGAAUGAGAAUGGAGGUGAAGUUGAAACGAGCAGAAGAGAAUAGAACACAGCACCUAUUAGAAAUUGUUAGAAAAGCUCACGACGAAGACUCCAAAUUGAAAGAAAUUGCAUUUAUUAACGAACUUGAAGCACAAAACAAAAGGCACGAUUUCAUGGCAUUGUGUCAAGAACAAGAAGAGCGAUUACAGGGAAUUCAAGAAGAGCGUCAACGUAGGCAGGAAGAAAAGGCUGCUAAAGAAGCUGCAGCAGAAGAACGCAGGCGAGCUCUAGAAGCUGAAAGGCUACUGCGUAUACAGAAAAUGAAGCAAGCUCGUCGUGAGCGUGAAGAAAGAGUUGGUAAAAUGCAGCUGGAAAGAGAAAAGGAGCGACAGGAACUCGCAAGAGAAAAAGCCAGGGAUCGAGAGGAACGCUUGUCGGCCCUUCAUGCAGCUCAAUUAGCGAAUCAAGAAGAGUUACAAAAGAAAAUAGCUCAAAAACAACAAGAAUCUGCGAGGAGACAUGUUGAAAAUAUAGAGCAGAUUCGACAAAAAGCAGUUGAAUCUUCGAUUUUAAGAUCAGAGGAAGUUCCACCAACUUUGAAAUCAUAUCCCGCCCAGAAGCAAUGCUCUUUGUGUGGAACAGUGAUAACGAAUGAAGUGCAUCUAUUGAGUCAUUUGAAAGGAAAAACACACGUUGAAGCAGUACGAAGUACACACGAUGGUCGGGAACCAUCUCGAGAUGAGCUGCAGCGAUUUAAUAUAUUGCAAAUACGUGAUCUACCGAUCUCGGUUAUCGAUAAUAAUAAUUCCAAUGAAAUUAAAGCUGCGAAAGAAAAACAGAAAGCCUUAAAAAGACGAUGCAGAAAAAUGAAACAACGCAUGAUUUUACGUGGCAAAGAAUGGGAAGACAAUAAUAAGAGCGAUGUAAGUCAAUCGACAGAGUCGACAAAUAAAGCCAAGUUCCGUCGAAAUUUGAAGGAACUGGAUCGAUUAUACAAUAACCAUUCGAAAACAGCGUGGUCAAGUGUCGCCAUUGCUGCUCUAGAACGUUGUCUAGGUGAAAUAACAAGAGCCUUUUCAAAAUUGUGUCCACUCGAUCAAAAUGCAUUUAGAAAUUUAAAUGGAUUUGACGUUCUAACAAGUCUAUUAAACUUAGGACUGCAAAUGCAAAAUGCAUCUCACAAUUUACCAAAUAAAAGCAUCAUUUCUGUGUGUCGCGUGUAUAAGCUUAGUGUCAGCGGGAACGAUACUAACAUUGAAGUAGUUUUAUCCAGCAACAAAAUUCUGGUCAUCUUAGAUCUUUUGCUUCAACAUCUAGAGGUAUAUUAUUUACAAAGUGUAAGAACAAUGAGACCCGUCUGUUCGCAGACUCUGACGAAGCUCGACUACCAGCUUCAGGUGCAAGAAGUGUCCGGUAAUUCGACCGGAAGCGGAAUCGUAGCGAACAGCCUGAUGCAAUUGCUGUGCAGCCUGAUCCCGGAGGAACCGUUCGAGAAAUCGCUAUUGCAGACGCGGGUCCAAGAUGUUGCCGGAUAUCUAGUAGCAGGUGGCUUGAUCGAUCGAGUUUCGCGUCACAGUCGUGCCCUGGUCGAAACCGAUUUCUUCGUGGAUCAAGAUCACGAGUCGCCGCUGGUAAUAUCCUCCUACGAUCUCAUCUUCAGGAUGUGUUGCCACUUGAAGAAGUCAACGGAUCAGGACGCUGGUAGCGUACCUGAGAAUAACAACAACAACAACAACAACAGCAACGUAGAACAAACGAGCGUCGAGUCGCAUCUACUUUCGACUCUAUCCUCGACCGAAGUUGCAGGCGCAAUCGGUGCACUUUACGCCGCCGUUGCACUGAUCCCGCAGAACCAGAAAGGAUCCUCGCCGACCCCUAAUCAAACUACGAUGACGCAGUCGACAAGGAUUUUAGUUGUACGCUGCAUCAGGCUACUGAAGUCGAUCGCGGAAUUGAAUCUUCAGAGAUUGCAGAAUCUGUUGGGAGCGGAGGGCACCAGCUUGCAAUGGCGACUGAUAGCUAGUCAUGUGAUAACCAGAUUAUCACGAGAUCCAAUAUCGCACAAGCCAGAAAUUGGAUGUGCGCAGAACACUAGUGGUACUUACAUCCUGUCAGAACUGUUCCAGGUCCUCGGCUAUUUUGCAGUUAACAACCCGGAGAAUCAGUUGACCCUGCAAUCGGCUGGAGCUGGGCCAAGUGUUCUCCAGCAGCUGUGUACUUUACCGUUUCCGUUCUAUGGGGCACCAGGAUUGACGUCGUACAUUUUCCCAACACUUUUGGCGGCGACGCAUCAAAAUCCAGAGGCCACGGCGAUUCUCUCUUGCGAAUUGUCUUACCAGCUGCUGGAAGAGUACAGGAAUUCGGACGACGGUAAGCUGAACCCUUUGGUCCGCUUGUUGAAGGACUCGCCGAGUCCUUAAGCGUAUCGCAGCACGGUUUAGUCCGUUUAAGUUAUUCUUCGAAUCUGUUCGUUGCACCAUCCUGGAUUAUCCUGGGUGUCGUUAAACCACAGGACCAUUACUUAUCAUUCUGUUCGUCGAGUCGAUGGCCGAGCAUGAGAGAAAAUUGUUGUUAGGUACGUCCAUCGUCCAAUUGAGAAAGCUGCGGCAUCCACCGUCGAGGCUGGCACUCGACGCCGAAUCGUCCACACAAAACGUGUCCCGAAUUUUUGACAGACGGGCGCGCGUACACGGUCGAGAUUGGCGAAGAACGCUUGGUACAAAUUGUCUGCCCUCUCGCACCUCUUUCGAGCAUGAUCAAUCGAAGGGUUUUUUUGCAGCGAGCGAUAGGCGCGGAGAACGUUCGUCCGAGUGCUUGUUGCGUAAGGUUUGAACACGUUGCCGACAAUUGUCGAUCGAAUGGUCACGAAUUAUCGCUAGCAUCGUUCAUAUAUCGAGAACCAAUUAAAUUCAUCGGUGGAUCUGUCUCAAAUAAAGCACCGGUACAAGUAUCAUCAUUUGUAUGUAAUUUGUCAUUCUGAUAGAUUCGUAGGAUAGUUUAAAUUCACGCUGUUGGGACCUGUAUACCGUGGCGCGUAUAAUUACAGGCUCUCGAAGCAACUUUUCCAUUUUUAGCGGUAUUUAAAGAAGAAUUUAAUCAUUUCGAAAUCGAUGCAGACAACUUUUAUUUCGUAGGAAAAUCCGCAGUCUGCUCGUUAUUAUGCACACGCGAAACGAAGUUUUUCUAUGCACUGGAAAUGGUAUUCGUCGUUGCCACGACUUACAAUAAGCUCGGCUCAUUAUUAGACCAUGAAAUGGAUAGCAUUCUCCUUCCUAUUCAGCCUUUAAUUGCUUUAACUCCAUUAAGUGUGUUCUUUGUCAUACUUUUCUGCCUUCGAACGUGCCUUAUGAAUGUUUCAUAACCAUUUUCGUUAACUAUUAUUUUUUCUUUCUCCCUCUCCCCGCUCCUUCUCUCUCUCUAUUAAUUUCUUCGUUUAUUUUGUUAGUGAUAUAUUGUAUCCGAUUGUUUUCUCAUUUUGUAAGUUUACGUAUACUGUUCGAAUUCAUUCUUGUAACAACAGUGAUGCUGAAUCUCGUCCAUUCGUCCCUGUAUGUGAUGCAAUAAUAUUGUUGUAUUUUAUUUU